AUGGGCCGCAAGAACCGCUCUUCCACACGCAUCGAUAGCUCGAAUGCUGUCGCACCUGCUUCCACACCCGUCCUAAGCCGUUCCUCCUCGCCCUCCCCACUCGCCUCGACACACCUUCCCGCCAACCUAGGCGACAAGGAUGGCUUGGUGGACGUUGCGGGCUUGCGUCGGCGCACCACGAGUGUUGAGGAAGGCCCUGGGACCGCCGGCUGGGCGCUUGAGCCGGAGGACUCGGCGGACGAGGAUCUCGCAGAUCAGGAUGAAGAGGAGGACGGGAAUAGCGAGAUGCUACGAUGGGGCUGGACGCUCGUCGUGGGGUCGUCGUUAGCCUUCUUCCUCGGCUUCUGGUCCAUCCUCAUUGGUCCCUUCUGCGCGCCAACGGGCAUACGGAUCCUCGAUGCGCUCGCGCGAGAUACCUACAACAAAUACCUCGCUGUCUUGCUCGUCCCGGUGACCGUCUGCUACGUUAUCGUCAACUGGUGGGGUCUCAAGAUCUUCCGGCACGCAUGA